AUGCCCCCAACAUUGCAACCGCCACCCCAGCUGCCGGGACCCGGUCAGAUGUCGGAAGGGUUCAGUUCUAGAAGCGAGGGUCGGACGUACAAGCUUGUCGUGGGCCAGCAACCCGUGAGAGCUCGAAUGUGUGGGUUUGGAGACAAAGAUCGACGGCCUAUUACUCCACCGCCAUGUGCACGUCUGAUUGUAUUGGACUCCGAAACGGGAAAUGAAAUUGAUAUCAAUGAAAUUGAUAUGAACCACUUCGUCCUUACAGUCGACCUGUGGUCUGCAGACGGCACUAGAGAGGUAAAUUUAGUGAGGCAUUCCGCAACUUCUCCCUCAAUAUCCGCGGCUGUAUCAUCGUCUUAUCCACCGCCGCCCCCGACGCCGCCGCCUCACCCUCUUGCGCCUUCUCAGUCCGGUUACUCGCCACAAGGGAUGUAUCCGCCACAGUCUUACUCGCCUCAAGGAUACCCACCAUAUAGCCAGCAUCCCCCUCCGAUGCCACAGCAUGGCUAUUAUCCUCCUCCUCCAAACGGGCCGGCAGGCUACCCGCCACCCAAUGGAUAUCCUUUGCCGCCACCACCCUCUCAAAUGCCGCCCCAGAAUCCAAACAUGCCGCCUUCGCAAUCCCAGCAACCACCCCCGUCCGGGAUGUUUACCCGAAAUCUCAUUGGCAGCUUGACCGCUAGUGCCUUCCGGUUAACAGAUCCUGACAACAAGAUUGGCAUUUGGUUCGUUCUUCAGGAUCUUUCGGUGAGAACUGAAGGAACUUUCAGACUAAAAAUGAACUUCGUAAAUGUCGGAAUCAACGGCCGCCUGAACACCACUGGAGCUUCUGUUCCCAUCCUCGCCUCUGUCUUCUCGGCUCCAUUCCAGGUCUUCUCUGCCAAGAAGUUCCCCGGCGUCAUCGAAAGCACCGACUUGAGUAGAUGCUUCGCGACUCAGGGCAUGAAGAUCCCAAUUCGAAAGGACGGACCGAAGGCCCUCUCGCGCGGCCAGGACGAUGAUGACGAUUACUGA